GACAAAUCAAUCUUUCUCUCUUCUUCAUUGAUGCAUACCCAGUCCUUUUCCUCUCUUCUCUCCAACGUCUUCCUUCCUUUCUCAUCAACAUGACAAACGAAUCUUCCACCUCUGCCACAUCUGCUGCCUCAGACCCCCUUUCUUCUCAUGUUCUCUCCGAAGGCAACCCUGCUCCUCCCCACAUCGACGUCAAAUUAACCCCAACAAAUUACCUUCUCUGGAAACUUCAACUCCUUCCCCUUCUCAACAGUUUCAACCUUUCUCCCUUCAUCGACGGUUCCUCCCCUGAUCCUCCCCGACACCUUGCCAUCGGCGUUCCAAAUCCAGUCUAUGCUGCGUGGUACAAACGAGAUCAACUCGUCCUCUCUUGGAUCGUCUCCUCUCUCACUGAUGUUGUCCUCUCCAAACUAGUGGGUUUCAAUUCUGCAUUCGAUGCUUGGACUCGUCUCGCCACCGCUUAUGGAGCUGCCAAUCAUCACGGCAUCCGCAACCUCAAGGAUCAAUUUGAUACUCUCAAAUGUGGUUCUGAGUCUAUUGACAAGUACCUUGCUCGAGCGAAGGACAUUUCCGAUCGUCUCGCUGCCCUCGACCAUCCGGUCUCCGAUGAUGAUUUGGUCUCCCGCUGCCUCAAAGGACUUGGUGAAUCAUGCCUGUCAUUCAUCCCUGUCAUUGAAGCCCGACCUGAACCGAUAUCCUUCGACGAUUUCCACAGCCUCCUCCUUAACGAAGAAGCUCGCUUGCAUCAUCAUCAUCUCCUCAGCGAUGGUCACUCGCCCUCCGCCAACUUCAGUCGACUUGGCUAGCGCGGCGAGCGUGGCCGCUUCUUUUCUCGUGGUGGCGGUAGAGGUCGGGGCUAACACAACACCCGCCCUUCCCUUUACCCAAGCUCACCAUUCCCACCAGCAGGCCGGGCUCCUUCCCCUGCGGGCCUCACUCCAAGCUUACUUGGGCCGCGGCCCACUCACCCCAAUAGUGCUUCUUUUGCAGGAACAGGGCCCUUGAAGUGCUAUACAUGUCACGGUUAUAUAUAUUUGGCCCGCCAUUGCCCCACACCAAUGCAGUCAAAAUCACGCUUUAAAACUUAAAAGCUUACGCUUUUGCCUUUUUAGGUCACCAAAACGCUUCUACGUAGAAUCGUGAUUUUACCUUACAAAUGUAGUCAAAAUCUAUGCUUUAAAACUUAAAAACUUACGGUUCUAGGUCACCUAACCGCUUAUAGGUAGAAUCGCGCUUUUGACUGCAUUGCCCCACACCCACCUUUCAUUCCCGUCAACAUCCUUCUGCCCAUUUUGCAGCCUCCCCAUCCACCCAAGAUUGGCUCAUGGACUCCGGUUCCAACUAUCAUCUCACCUCCGACCUCAACAAUCUAGCCCUCCACUCGGAAUAUACUGGUCCCGAUGAAGUCUCCUUCGACAAUGGUAAAACCCUUCCCAUCACCCAUUCUGGUUCUUCUCUCGCUACCCUAAGCACUCAUCCAUUUCAACUCUCUCAAAUUUUGCAUGUUCUUUCCGCUACUCAUAAUCUCCUCUCUAUUAACGCCCUUACCCGGUCUAACCCUCUCUCAAUCCAUUUCUUUGAUGAUUCUUGUGUUAUCAAGGACACACGAUCUCAGACAAUCCUCCAUCGCGGUCGAAGUAAAGAUGGCCUCUACUCUAUUCCAUUGUUCAUCCUCGCCUCAACGUCGCCUCGUGCUUUUCACACCACCCUAAAUCAAUGGCAUCAACGGCUGGGUCACCCUCACUCUCAUGUUCUUCAUCAAGUCCUUCGCUCAAACUCUUUGCUAGCUUCCAAUAAAUCUGAUUCUGGUCU